AUGGUUCACCCCAUCAUCAUCUCCAACCCCACCUUCACUUGUAUCAAACCCCUUCCUCUCCUAUUCCUCAACUCCUCCCAAUCCCCAUUCUUCAAUCCCCAACUCACCCAAAUCCUCAACCCAAAACCCUCCUCAGUUUCCUUUCACACAACACCAACAUGGAGGAGGACGGCCGUGACGUCAUCCGCGAACAACUCCGAGAUCGACAUGGUGAGAAACAAGCAGGGCGUGUACACACCGAAACACAAGAAGGUGGUGAUUCUGUGGGACCUGGACAACAAGCCCCCUCGCGGCCCGCCAUACCAGGCGGCCAUGGCGCUGAAACAGGUGGCGCAGCACUUCGGCGAGGUCGUCGACGUGUCGGCCUACGCCAACCGCCACGCGUUCAUCCACCUGCCCAACUGGGUGGUGGAGCAGCGCCGCGAGCGGAAGCAAUUAGACAUUUUAGAGCGCAAGGGGAUCGUGACGCCGCCGGAGCCUUACGUUUGCGGAGUGUGCGGCCGCAAGUGUAAGUCGAACUUGGAGUUGACGAAGCACUUCAGGCAGCUGCACGAGCGGGAGCGGCAGAAGAAGCUGAACCGGAUGAGGUCUCUGAAAGGGAAGAAACGGCAGCGUUUUAAAGAGAGGUUUAUUUCGGGGAAUCAUAAGUAUAACGAGGCGGCGAGUAGUUUGAUCAAGCCGAAAGUUGGGUAUGGAUUGGCGUCGGAGCUGAGGAGAGCUGGGGUUUUUGUGAAGACGGUGGAGGAUAAGCCGCAGGCGGCGGAUUGGGCGUUGAAGAGGCAAAUGCAGCAUUCUAUGAGCCGUGGGAUUGACUGGUUGUUCUUGGUUUCGGACGAUUCGGAUUUUCAGGACAUGUUGAGGAAGGCUAGGGAGGCGAGUUUGGGGACUGUGGUGGUGGGGGAUUGGGAUAGAGCUUUGGGGAGGCAUGCGGAUGUGUGGGUGCCGUGGACUGGGGUCGAGAAGGGAGAGAUUUCCGAGAAGGAUUUGGUGCCGAAAAGGAGGAGUGAAUUCUCUGAUGAGGAGGAGGAUGAGGGUGGUGAUGUUUCGUUAUUUUCGGAUUUUGAUCUUAGUGGUGGGAGUGAAUUGGACAAUGUGGUUGAUGAUCUUGUUGGAGCGAGGUCUCAGGGGUCUGGUGGAGUGAGGAUUUCGGCUUUUUCAGAAGGGGAAGUGGAAGAAGGAGAUUGGGAGGAGGAUUACGAGGAAAGUGAGGAUGGAGACUAUUUGUCAGAGGGUGAGGAUGUGGAUUCAGAUGAUGAAGAUGGCUUCUUUUGA